AUGGGUUUCGAAAAUAAGCGAAUUGCCAUUGUCGGCGGCGGGCUGGGCGGGAUGUCGUUCCUCAACGCCGCCCUGUACGCCGGCCUGAAAAACGUCCAGCUAUACGAGCAGGCGCCGCAGUUUGCCGAAGUUGGCGCCGGCGUCAACAUCACCUCGAAUGCCAAUCGUGUGCUGGAUUCAUUCGGCCUGAAAGAGAGCAUGACGCGCCGCUCGUCCCGCAAGUUGCCCUGCUACAUGGAGUACCACAACUACAAGACCGGAGAGUAUCUGGGCCAUGUUGACGAGUUCUCCCUCCCGCCCGCCCGCCUGCUGCACCGCGCGCACUUGCUGGAGUCGCUCAAAGAGCGCGUGCCGGAAUCGAGCUUCAAUUUGGGAAAGCGUUUGGCUUCGAUUGAUCGGAAUAGCAGCGAGAAAUCGGCGCCGUACACGCUGCACUUUGAGGAUGGCAGCUCAGCAGAAACGGAUAUCGUCAUUGGCUGCGACGGAAUCAAAUCCAAUGUCCGUCACGAUAUGGGCCUGGGAGACUCACCCAACUACUCCGGCCAAGUCGUGUACCGCGGGUUUGUUGACUACAAGGAUCUACCAGAUGAGACGGCGCAGCUGCUGCGCAAGACGGUCAACUUCCGCGGUCCGAAACGCCAUGUGCUCAUUCUGCCCAUUGGCAACCGCGAGACGCAGACCGACCGCGCCGCUAUUAUCGCGUUCAUGUCGGAGCCCAUUGAGUCCUGGGACUCGGAGAGCUGGAUGUCCCGUUCCGACAUCGAGAGCCUGCACGAGCACGUCCGCGACUGGUGCCCGCAGGUGCAGGAUAUCAUCGCUGGUCUGCGCGCGGGCUCGCCCGACGGUCGCAUGCUCAAACAGGCGCUGUAUGUGCGCGAUCCGCUGGAGAAGUGGUACGAGAUGAACGCCGAGCAGCAGGAUGCGGGUAUCAUUCUACUCGGCGACUCGGCACACUCGACGCUUCCGCACCAAGGCCAGGGCACAUGUAUGGCUAUUGAGUCGGGUAUUGCACUGGCAACUAUCCUUCGUCAUUGGAAGACGAAUGAUCUCGAGGCGGCGUUCAAGUUCUACCAGGACCUGCGCAAGCCCCGGACUGACCGCGUUACCCGGACUAGCGAAGAAGCUGGAAAGCUGGCUAGCUCGGACUCCCCGGAUCAGUUGACGAGUAAUUUCAGCCCGGAGACGUUGACGGAGCGCAUGAGGUGGAUUAUGGAAUACAAUGUUUUGGAAGAACUGCGGACCAAGGGCGCGCAGUUCUUGGAUUUUCAAGAUUCAAGGCUGUGA